AUGUUGAGCUUGAUUUGUCUAAUAAUCUCUGGAGGGCAUCCGAGAGGCUUUCUGGCCAACAAAGCUUACGUAUUUGGAGAAGAUGUGGGUUUUGGUGGGGUCUUCCGUUGCACAACAGGAUUAGUGGAUCGAUUUGGUAAACGUAGGGUUUUCAACACCCCUCUUUGUGAACAGGGCAUUGUUGGAUUUGGUAUCGGUCUGGCAGCAAUGGGGAAUCGAGCUAUUGCAGAAAUUCAAUUUGCAGAUUAUAUUUUUCCUGCUUUUGAUCAGAUAGUGAAUGAAGCUGCUAAGUUCAGAUAUCGAAGUGGUAAUCAAUUCAAUUGUGGAGGUUUGACAAUAAGAGCACCUUAUGGAGCUGUGGGCCAUGGUGGGCACUAUCACUCACAAUCUCCUGAAGCUUUUUUUUGUCAUGUUCCUGGAAUCAAGGUGGUCAUUCCUCGAAGUCCAAGGCAAGCGAAAGGGUUGUUGUUGUCAUGCAUUCGCGAUCCAAAUCCUGUUGUCUUUUUUGAACCUAAGUGGCUUUACCGUUUGGCUGUAGAAGAGGUUCCAGAGCAUGAUUACAUGUUACCUCUAUCAGAGGCAGAGGUGAUUCGAGAAGGUAGUGACAUAACACUGGUCGGAUGGGGAGCUCAGCUAUCUAUCAUGGAACAGGCUUCUUUUGAGGCUGAAAAGGAUGGUAUCUCCUGUGAACUUAUAGACCUUAGAACUCUAAUACCUUGGGACAAGGAAAUAGUAGAGGCUUCUGUUAAAAAGACUGGAAGGCUUCUGAUUACUCAUGAAGCUCCAGUAACUGCUGGAUUUGGUGCUGAAAUUUCUGCUUCUAUUGUUGAACGUUGCUUCCUCAGGAUUGAGUAUCCGUGCAAUGGACCACAAUGUGACAUUACUAGAAACAUAUUUCAUCUCUCCACCAUGCAUGCGCAAACCACUAGAAACAGUAACCGCUAA